UACAUUGGGGCCCUGGGUGCGAGGGUGAUCUGCGACAACAUUCCCGGACUGGUCAACAAGCAGCGCCAGCUGUGCCAGAGGUACCCCGAUAUCAUGCAGUCCGUCGGGGAGGGAGCCAAGGAGUGGAUCCGGGAAUGCCAGCACCAGUUCCGGCACCACCGCUGGAACUGCAGCACUCUGGAUAGAGACCACACCGUCUUCGGCAGAGUCAUGCUGCGAAGCAGCAGGGAGGCCGCCUUUGUCUAUGCCAUCUCCUCAGCAGGAGUGGUCUAUGCCAUCACCCGGGCCUGCAGCCAAGGGGACCUGAAGGCCUGCAGCUGCGACCCUCUCAAGAGGGGCCGUUCCAAGGACGAGCGCGGGGAGUUUGACUGGGGUGGCUGCAGUGACAACAUCAACUACGGAAUCAGGUUUGCCAAAGCCUUUGUGGAUGCCAAGGAGAAGAAAGUGAAAGAUGCCCGGGCACUGAUGAACUUGCACAACAACCGCUGCGGGAGGAUGGCUGUAAAGCGUUUCCUGAAGCUGGAGUGCAAAUGCCACGGAGUCAGCGGCUCCUGCACACUAAGGACUUGUUGGCUGGCGAUGUCAGAUUUUCGGAAAACAGGGGAUUAUCUAAGGAAGAAAUACAACGGGGCCAUCCAAGUGACAAUGAACCAAGAUGGCACUGGCUUCACUCUGGCCAACAAGAACUUCAGGAAGCCCACGAAAACAGACCUGGUGUAUUUUGAGAACUCACCUGAUUAUUGCGUGAUGGACAAGUCAGCAGGCUCCUUGGGGACAGCAGGUCGCGUGUGCAACAAGAUGUCCCGUGGGACAGACGGCUGUGAAGUGAUGUGCUGUGGGCGGGGGUACGACACCACUCGUGUCACCCGUAUUACCAAGUGCGAGUGCAAGUUCCACUGGUGCUGUGCUGUGCGCUGCAAGGAGUGUGAGGACACUGUGGAUGUGCACACAUGUAAAGCACCAAAACGGGCUGAGUGGUUAGACCAAACCUGAGGAGACGGGAACACCACAGGGAAGAAUCAACUGCAACCCCCCUCCCCUCAAUUUUUUAAAUACUUGUGCCCUAUGGGCCAUGGCAUUCUGGGAGUUGUAGUUCAACUGCAUGGCUUUUAUUUAAUUAAUUCUGCAAAGCACUAAAGAAAGGACUACAUUUCCCAGGAGGUACUGUAGACCCUUCUGUUUGCUCAGCAAAGCUAAUCUCUUACCUAGGAGGAGUCUGCAAUCCUUGCUUAAACUGUGAAACUUCUGCUGUCCGUUGUUAUCUUUGCAAACGGACAGUGCAACUGAUAUGAACUUAGAGGACUGAUCAUUGGAAUACAAUGACUGAAGAAUACUGCAUCUCCCUGAGACUUUGUUGCAGUAAAGUUUCACCAGCAAAAAAAACUGUAGUUCAAAAUAAGAAACUCUUGCAGAAAGCACUCUUGCUUUUACUUUUUUUGCAAGGCCAGAGGAAGGGUGUUGCAAAUUCUUAAGAAAGUUCUAUGAUCUCAAUGAUUCUCUCGAGCAGACCUGGCAUACUAUACCCCAGCUGCACUACUGACACCAGCUGAACAAGAGCAACUUCUGCACAGAAGCUUCACCCCAUUCCCCCCGUGAAGAUAACAGGUGGUGUUGUAAAUUGUCAACUGAAAGCUGAGUAACUGCAAAAAGACAAAGGCUAUCCAUACAAGUUCACAACCAACAGAGGGCUAGAGAAAGCAAAUAGAACAAUCUGUGAGCUAACUGGUAGGUUCUAAGUCAAUGGAUACAACAGCAUCUCUCUGUAAAACUCACUUGUAUGUUGUGUAUACUGCUUAUUAUUUUAAGACAAAACUCAUUAUAAACCUAUAUCAGAAAAUUAUGGUUUUUGCUUUUUGAAUUACUACAUAUCCAAUUGGGCAGAGAAGCCCUCAAUCUCUUCCUCCAGACUGGGAAUCAGCCUGCAGCUUUUCUUCCUGCCUUCUUGCCUACAGGUUCUGCAGUCCUUAAGCAUAGGCCUCCCCAUCACAGUAAUUAUGCAUAGCUUCCUGCAAAGUAGAGUCAUAUAGUCCAGCACACUAAGCCCACAAUGGAAUCCUUCACAAGAACCAAAACACCCCAAGACAUCUAAUGAUGACUGUGACAAGCAAGAGAUCCUAGAUGAACUUCCAUAUCUUUUCCAUAGGGGUGGGGGGGAAACACCCUUAAAAACCACCAACUAAAAAUGAAACUGAUAAGAGGAGAGGCAGGAAGCCAAAGAGCUGCAAGUGGAUAUGUUAUAGAGACUAAUGCUUCUCAUCUCUAGCGAUUUCCUCAAUUCUUCCCCCUCCCACCCCAAUCUGGGCAAGCACUGAUUACAGAGAUGCUUUAUUUAGUUCAAGGAUGCUUUAUAAAGACUGAUCAGAAAGGAUCAAUUCACACAGACUUAGUGUACAAAUAGGAGAGUUGUACCAAUUAUAUUGAUUCAGAAAGAAAUUCAGCUAAAUCAUUGCAAUUUCUGAGCAUGUGCUGAAGCUUUAAAAGUUUAAUAUCCUAUAGCAGAUACCAGGACUCUCUCGUCAGCAAGGAACUCAUCACAACAGUUUAGGAUUGCAGCAACUAACCACUGGACUAAUAAUUGCACUAGUCUGAACUUCAUUAAAGUGCUUUCAUGUCAACAGCCAUGAAGUAACAUAGCAGCAGAUCUAAUUGUUAUAGAUGCUUCUAAACUUCCCUUCCAGAGCUUGGUUACCCCCUUUGCCCAGGGCAAGACAUGCUUUCUUAAUGGCUGAGCAGAAGUGUUAUUAAUUUUCCUUAUAUUGAUCAUCAUGCUGAAGGGCAGGUAAGUAAGUUUCAUGCUCAAGUCAGGAAAUUUUCAAAGCAACUUUUCAAGAAAGCAUAAACUUACAACAAUGGGAAAGGACAAGUCAACAUUAACAUUCACUUGUAAAUAUUUUUAAUUCUGGUUCUGGUUUUACAUUGCUAUUGCUUCUGGAAGAGCUGUAGAAUUUCCCCAAUAAUUCGAGGCUUUCUACUGUCAGGGAGCGAGAUGUAUGCACAGAGGGAACUGAGCAGGCUGUACAGCACAAAGGUUUGAGGGAACA